AAAGAUAUUGAUUUUCAUAUCGAAUUAUCUAUUUGAUCAUCUUAGGAUUUAUCAUGCAUCUAUCGUCUAUCUUGAGUCAGCCCGUUUACACACCGCUAUCCCAACCAGCAGCUCCGAAGCCUUUUACACCGGGGAGGCGCCGUAAAGAGGAGAAGAUAAUGGAUAUACGGGCCGAAGAAGCAGACGCAAGGAAUUGCGGAGCUCGUUCGAGAGCGGCCGAUGCCGGUCUUGUGUGCAUCGGGGCGACAAACACCCCAAGCGAUAAAGGCGGAGAUUCCCUUUUCGGGAGACCCUCAAAAAUGACGGAAUAGAAAACUUUCCCAAACUACCUUGGUAGGAUGUGUGGGGAGGUAAUCCGAUAUUCUACCGAAUGCUAUUAAACAUGCUUCCCCGGCUUGGCUUCUUUGCCAUCUAGGACUAAGGACGAUUAAUGUAGCAAUUUUCGUGAGUCAACCGGGGUACUGCUUCUUCGCCUCGUGUUCGGUCUGUUGAUGAUUGGUCCCGUCUGCCGGAGCUACAUCGUUGGUAUAUAAAUAAUAGAGGCAACGUAGCUUAAUUUGCUGUGAAGACUUGAUACUCUCUGUCUAUUUCUUUUGAUAAGUUAGCAGAUCCGACUUUUCACGAUGGCGACACGUGUGCAACAGAAUGGAAGCUCUUCGACUUCGGUCAUGGAGGUGGAGAUGGAGCCGGUCUAUCUAGUAUCGCCGUAUCCUAGAGGAGAGAAACCGAUUGAAACCCCGAUUGGUGGGCCAAGUCGUCGGACAAGUAGCAAAGACGAAGAGAAUGUUGCUCCCGAGCAGGAUACAAGUCCGCUUCCACCCCCGAGUAUUGCAUCGGAUGUUGUGCAACGAUGGAACUACCCACGCAAGAAUAUUCCGCGGGUAGCUUCUUGCUUUUGGUCAUUCAUCGUCAUGGGUUCUAACGAUGCUGCUUAUGGUCCUCUUAUCCCAUAUAUUCAAGCGCAUUAUAACCUGACAUACCUGAUUGUUUCGCUAAUUUUCCUCACGCCGUUCGUGGGGUACACAGCAGCUGCGUUCUUGAACAAUAUGAUCCAUAUCAAGAUGGGCCAGAGGGGCGUCGCGAUGCUCUGCUCCGGAUGUCAUUUAGCGUCUUAUAUCAUUAUUGCCGUUCACCCGCCGUACCCGGUCUUGGUGAUCGCGUUCAUGCUUGCAGGUUUCGGCAACGGUGUCUGCGAUGCUGGUUGGAAUGCUUGGAUUGGUAAUAUGGCCCGCGCAAACGAGAUGCUUGGAUUACUCCAUGGUCUCUAUGGUGCUGGCGCUGUACUUAGUCCGGUUAUUGCCACGACAAUGAUCACCAAGGGCAACUUGCCCUGGUAUGCUUUUUAUUACCUCAUGAUCGGUAUGGCUGGCCUUGAGGUGAUGGUUUCAACCACUUGUUUUUGGACAGCAACUGGACACGAGUACCGAGAAUCUCUAACGAAACACUCUGACUCUCCGAAAGGUAGUCUGAAAGACGCCUUGUUCAAGAAGCCUGCUGCUCGCGUCACUUGGCUAUGCUCCUUGUUUUUGCUUGGCUAUGUCGGUCUCGAAGUCGCAUUGGGAGGUUGGAUCGUCGAAUUCAUGAUCCAAGUAAGAAAAGGAGAACCUUUCGCUAGUGGUAUGACAGCUACUGGUUUCUGGCUUGGUUUAACAAUUGGACGUGUCCUCCUGGGCUUCGUAACGCCGAGGAUAGGAGAGAAGUUGGCGAUUAUGAUAUACCUCCCAAUAACAAUGGGAUUAGAGCUUCUAUUCUGGCUCGUCCCUCAAUUCUACGUAUCAGCAGUCGCUGUUGGACUUCAGGGUUUCUUCAUCGGACCACUAUUUCCAGCUGCUAUUGUCGCCAUGUCAAAACUUCUUCCUCGACAUCUUCACGUCGGUGCUAUCGGAUUCGCGGCGGCGUUUGGCGGUAGUGGCGCUGCCGUCCUACCUUUCGCUGUUGGUGCGAUUGCGCAGGCUAAGGGCGUGCAGGUACUGCAACCCAUCAUCCUCGCCCUGCUGGCGGUCAUCUUUUUGUUCUGGGUUGGAUUGCCGAGGAUGGAUAAGAAAAAAGCGUGAUUCUUAGGCAAUCGCUUAAAUACCUAUCUAAUACGAAUUAUAUGAUCCGGUAUAUAUUGCUGGCGAUCUCUGGUAUAUAAGCGAGGCUGUAUAUACGUGAAGUUCUAAGUAAUUAAGUUGGAGGUACCGACCUACACACGGCUUGGAGGACCUUCUCGGUGUGACCAUUUCCCAAUGUGACAUGGAGCGUAUUUAGGGCCAGGCAGAUCCCGAUGAUGUGGCUUAGAUAUAUUCUCUCCGUAUAUUCCGCGACACGGCAACUCGCACUCGUUACGUAUACGACUGAAACGGAUCCCCCACAGCCUCCUUAGGAUUCAAGAUGUUUCUCCUUUGUCGGAUCUCGGCGAAGCAGGCAAAUCUGUAUACGUACGUGUAUCGCCCUAUCGGCGCUUUCAGGAGUCACCGGUAUCACGUAAUGAACUUGCGUCGGCU